AUGGACACUAUUGUAGUAGUUGGCGCCGGCGUUAUCGGCCUCACCACCGCUCUAUGCAUCCAACAACAGAACCCCGCCCAACCCAUCCUCCUCGUCGCCCGUGACUUCCCAACCGACACCUCCGUCAAUUACGCCUCCCCCUGGGCCGGCGCGCACUACAGACCCGUCCCUGGUGCCUCUCCCCAAGCACUCCGCGAAGCGAACCAAGCGCAGCGCACCUACGAGUAUCUCAAGCGAUCGGAGCCAGGCGCCGGGGUCGAAUUCAUCCAGGGAAUCGAGCACCUCGAGGCCCCGCCGGCGGAGUAUCUGGAUACGCAAAGCGUACGGAAUGUGUACUCGCAUCUAGAUGGCUUCCGGAUCCUCGCGAGGGAGGAGGUGCCGGAUGGUGUGGUGUGGGGAGCGCAGUACGGGACCUAUGUGGUCAAUUCGCCUGUGUACUGUGCGCAUCUGCUGCGCAAGUUUGUGCUCAAGGGCGGCGAGACGAGAAGGUAUACCUUGGCAAAUUUGAAGGAGGCGUUUGCUUUCGGGAAUGUGAAGACUGUGGUCAAUUGUUCUGGAGUGGGGAUUGAAGAUCCCAAGGCCUUCAUCAUUAGAGGGCAAACUUGUCUCGUGCGAAACCCGGUGUCGCAGACGAUUACGCGGCAGAAUCAGGAUGGAUCAUGGUCGUUCUGUAUCCCGCGACCUCUGGAUGGUGGGACGAUCAUCGGGGGCACGAAAGAACCCCAUAAUUGGGAUCCGAACCCGUCGCUGGAGACAAGGCAGCGGUUGCUUGCGAAUGCGGCCAAAUGGUUCCCUUUCUCGCCGGAAAGCGGAGGGAAGUUCGAUGUGAUUCGAGAUAUUGUUGGUCGCAGGCCUGCCCGGGAGGGUGGCAUGCGCAUUGAGGUCGAGAAGCUUGCUGAUGAGCGACACAUUGUUCAUGGAUAUGGUGCCGGGGGCCGUGGGUUUGAAAUUUCGCGUGGUGUCGCGGAAGAUGUCACGGCAUUGAUGCUCGAGAAUAAUUUAUUACCGGCGAAGGCAUCGCUGUAG